UCCUCCAACUCGUUCUCCCGCCCCGCCCCGCCCGCCCUCCCGCCGCACCUCCAGCGCGAGUUCGACGAGCUCGUCAAGCGCGCCCAGACGCCCGCCGCCCCCGGGGUCGACCUGAGCGGGCUCAAGGACGGCGAGGAGAUGCACCCGGACUUGGUGAGGAGGCCAAAGCCCGAGUUUGAGGGCGACGAGAACCCCAACACGGGAGAGAGGGGUGGGCCAAAGAGGGAGCCGUUGGUGCACGGCGACUGGGCGUACGGCGGCAAGGUGACCGACUUCUGA